AUGCCGACCGUCGCGUGCGAUAAGGAGGAGCUAUGGCAGAGACUAGGGCGCGCCUACUCCGCGGAUGAGUUCGAUCGCCUACUCUUCGAGUUUGGCCUCGAGCUGGACGAGGACACCACCGAAGAAGUAGAGGCAUUGAAGAAGAAGGGGCUCCCGGCUGAGCGUCCACAACUCAAAAUUGAGAUUCCUGCGAAUCGAUAUGACCUCCUCUGCAUCGAAGGCAUCGCCCGUGCGCUGCGAGUAUUCCUUGAGCUCGACAAGCCGCCUCAAUACAAGCUCGCCUUCCCUCCUGGUGGCGAAGCCGACCUGCUCACUGCCACUAUAGAGCCGGAGACUGCGAAAAUCCGCCCGUACUUCGCAUGCGCCGUGCUCCGCAACGUCAAGUUCACACAGCUGUCAUACGACUCGUUCAUCGACCUCCAGGACAAGCUGCACCAGAACCUCUGCAGGCGGCGACAGUUCGUCGCCAUCGGCACACAUGAUCUUGAUACCAUCCAGGGACCUUUCAGGUAUCGGGCACUACCUCCCAAGGACAUCAAGUUCGCGCCUCUAGGGAAGUCGCAGGAGUACACGGCGGAAGAGCUUAUGACCGUCUACGAGUCAGAAAAGCACCUCUCGCGUUAUCUGCACAUCAUCCGGGACUCUCCCGUGUACCCCAUCAUCUACGACAAGAACGAUGUCGUAUUGUCCAUGCCCCCCAUCAUCAACUCCGAACACAGCAAGAUCACGCUUAACACGCGGAAUAUCUUCAUUGACGUUACCGCAACGGACGAGACGAAGCUGCACAUCGUCACGAACAUCAUCGCGACCAUGUUCUCCGAGUACUGCGCGGAGCCCUUCACGAUCGAGCCAGUCAAGGUCACUCGCCCCGACGGAACCACUCAGCUCACCCCCGAUCUGAAGUACCGGUCUGCCACGGCGCACGCAUCCUACGUGAACUCAUGUACAGGUCUCCAACUGGAUGCGCCUGCAGUAGCCAAGCUCCUCGAGCGCAUGACACUGACGGCGACGGUUUCCCCGAACGAGUCCGACGAGGUUACUGUCCAAAUUCCGCCCACACGGCCGGAUAUCCUUCACGAGUGCGAUCUUAUGGAGGACGCCGCGAUCGCAUAUGGCUUCAACAAGCUGCCCGACGCGUUCCCUACAACGAGCACAGUCGCGCAGCCGCUGGCGAUCAGCAAACUCAGCGACAUCGUCCGUCUUGAGUGGGGCCUAGCAGGCUGGACCGAGGCGCUCCCGCUCAUCCUGUGCUCACACGAAGAGAACUUCGAGUGGCUGAACCGCAAAGACGACGGGAAGACGGCCGUGCGCAUCGGGAACCCGAAGACGCUCGAGUUCCAGGUCGUGCGCACGUCCCUCCUGCAGGGCCUCCUGAAGACGAUCCGCGAGAACCGCUCGCGUCCACUCCCGAUUCGCGUGUUCGAGAGCGCGGACGUCGUGCUCAAAGACCCCACGCUUGAACGCCAGGCACGCAACGUGCGCCACGCCGCGGCCGUGUGGUGCAACAAGACCGCCGGGUUCGAGGUCGUGCACGGCAUGCUCGACCGCAUCAUGCUCAUGCUCGAGGUCCCGCGCAUCGCGGGCGACGACGCCGCGGCCCCGACUGGCUACUACAUCAAGGAGCGCGACGACCCGACGUUCUUCCCCGGGCGCGCGGCGACGAUCUACUACCGCCCGCCGAAGAGCGCGAGCGGGCUGGCCACGUUCAAGCGCACGCUCAAGGCCGCGUUCAACGACUCGGACGACCUCGAGGUGGGGGUGCUUGGCAUCUUGCACCCGUCCGUGCUCGAGAAGUUCGAGAUCACGUACCCGUGCUCGGCGGUUGAGUUCAACCUCGAGCCGUUCAAGAAGGAGCUGCAGACGGUGUUCGCGUAA